AAUGAAUUCAAGACCACCACCAAUUUGAGCUUCCGCACAACGGCGCAAUGGUUAACAAAAGCAAAUUGAAAAUGGCCCUUGCGGCUGAAAAGGGUACGGAUUUCAAAAAAUUGAAAUUGCAAAAGAAAGAAAGGCUCGCAAACAAGAAGAAGGCUGCGAAGGCGCCUGUCGAGAAGCCAAACGGGAAAAAUGAGGAUGAGUGGGAAGAUGUUGAGGAAGUGGAAGAUGAGGUCGCAGAUGUUGAUGAGGAAGAGGGUGACAGCGAAGAAGAGGUAGAAGGUCCAAUGAAGAUUAACUUCGACGAGAUUGACGAAAGCGAUAGCGACUCAUCGGCCGGUGAAAACGACCAAGAGCCUUCAGAUGACGAGGAUGAUGAAGAUAUACCUAUGUCCGACCUUGAGGAUCUUAAUGACGAAGAGAAAGAAGAUAUGAUACCCCACCAACGCCUCACAAUCAACAACACCGUCGCUCUUACCGCUGCCUUGAAACGAAUAUCCCUCCCUAUCUCGAAACUACCCUUCUCAGAGCACCAAUCGGUCACCACAUCUGAGCCUGUACAGAUUGCAGAUGUGUCAGAUGACUUAAAUCGAGAACUCGCAUUCUACGCACAAUCGUUGUCUGCUGUACAAGAAGCCCGCAAAAAGCUCAAGGCCGAAGGCGUACCAUUCACGAGACCGACAGAUUACUUUGCGGAGAUGGUGAAGGCAGAUGAACAUAUGGCCAAGAUCAAGGCAAAGAUGAUUGACGAGGCGGCCAGCAAGAAGGCCAGUGCUGAAGCCAGGAAGCAGAGAGACUUGAAGAAGUUCGGCAAGCAAGUUCAAGUUGCGAAGUUGCAAGAACGAGACAAGGAACGCAAGCAAACUAUGGACAAGAUCAAGACCUUGAAGAGAAAACGCCAAGGUGCCGACAACGAAACCACAAACGAAGCUGAUAUGUUCGACGUCGCCGUGGAAGACGAGAUUGGAACCAAGGGCUCAAGAAAAGAUAGGCAAGGACCCAACAAGCGAGCGAAGAAGGACGAGAAGUUUGGCUUUGGUGGCAAGAAGCGAUUUAAGAAGAGUGGCGAUGCCAUGAGCAGUGGUGACUUGAAAGGUUUCUCGAGCAAAAAGAUGAAGGGUGUGGCGAAGCAAAGACCAGGCAAGGCGAGGAGAGCGGGCAAGAGAUAAGAGAGGUUGUCACUACACUGUUGGGAUUCAAAAGGACAGGGCUUUGGCGUUCCGGUGUCAUUCGAAAGGCCUGUUUUGCUGUAUAGUCGGACAUUGUGGAUACCAACGAAGCACUUCUUGUGUCCGAAUCUCGAGUCCAUGUGGUACACUCACGAUACGUAUAAUGUAG